GUACAAAUACAAAAUGAAAAGUCAGAUCGCAGCUCCCGCCUGCGCCUGCCUCCCUGCGCUCCCGGACCCCGCGGCCGCAUGUUCCCGAGUCGGCCGACCGCGAGCGGAAAGUGAUGUAUGUAUGCUGAGCUAGACUGAGCUGAUGCAGCUGCAGUGAGGUUUUCUGUGUGCCAUAUUUUAAAAGUAAUUCCAGAUCUGACUUAUCCAAGCCCUAGUAAUGUGUGAAGAUGUUAAUCUACUCAGUUCCAUUGGAACACAGUGUAAGAUUGAUACUGGAUUGUAUGCAGAUUCUGUAGAAUGGUGCCCAACCCCAACUCUGCAGGAAUAUGUCGUCUGUGGGACAUACCAACUUCAAGAAGAUUCUAGCACAGUCACGUCUCAGGAUUCUGAAAAUGAGGCUGGAGAGAAAAAUAAGAGUUCAAGAAAAGGGCAGCUUCAGCUCUACCGGUUGCAAGAGAGAUCAUCACAAGAUGUUAAGAAAAGCUUAAAAGAAGUCCAGAAGAUUGAUAUGCCUGGAAUCUUAGAUAUGAAAUGGAACCAACAUUUGACUGAUACAACAACACAUCUUGGAAUAGUAGAUGCUGAAGGGGAUCUACAGCUUUUCACUCUGAAUUCAACAGAGGUAGAUAGGUAUCUAGAACCUACUUCAAAAACCAAUCUUGGAGAAGAAUGUCUUGGUCUGAGUCUUGACUGGUCAACUGGAAAAUAUGCCAGUAGCAAACCCAGUAUCAUCUGCAGUGACUCAAUGGGAAGACUGUCUCUAUGCACACCACAAGAGGGCGCCUCGUCAUUCAUGGUCCAGCAGCAGUGGUUAGCACAUGGCUUUGAAGCAUGGAUUACAGCAUUCAAUUACUGGUCUCCAUCUAUUGUUUACUCAGGAGGUGACGACUGCAAGUUCAAAGGAUGGGAUAUAAGGACUGAUUGUCAGCAGCCUUUGUUUACUAGCAAAAGACACACAAUGGGAGUUUGUAGUAUUCACUCAAAUCAGUUCAAGGAGUAUUGCUUAGCUUCUGGAAGCUACGAUGAGAAUGUGUUCUUGUGGGAUACACGGAAAAUGAGAUGCCCCACCUCUGAGCUGUCUGUUGGGGGUGGGGUCUGGAGAUUAAAAUGGUGCCCCAUUGAUGGUAGUCUUCUACUAGCAGCCUGUAUGCAUAAUGGCUUCCACAUCAUUGACUGUAAUGAGGCAAAUAAUGGUAAUGGGUCUAUGUCAGUUGUUGCUUCUUACAUGGAACAUGGAUCACUUGCUUAUGGAGCAGACUGGUGCAGGGUAACACUUCAGGCUGAUUCCCAACCUCAGGACACACUGCCCACUCCUACAAAAGGGUCACCAGUCAACACAGACAGUAUACCCACCACAUCUCAUAAAGCUGCAUGCUCAGAACUCUCUCCAGCUGACAUAGUAUUACCCAUUUCACAGAUGGAGUCACCACUCUCUUUUACCUCAUCUUCUCCUACUGCUUCCCUACUAACUAGUACUCAUCCUGACAGUAGAACAUAUGAGAAAGGAUCACCAGUAAAUAAGGACAGUGUAAAAUCGUGUGACCCUCUUCAAAACUCGAUACAGAUGCAGGCAUCUAAAGCGGAACUUUUAGAAGAUGAGUUCAACUUAUCAAAAAUGACUCAGGAUUUAUCGCUAGUUGAAAGCGUAGACCAAAUGAGGACCUUAAUUGAAACAAAUACGAAAGAUUCAUGUCAUACAUCGGAAGAGCCAUGUAGUAGAUUAAUUGGCACAUGCUCAUUUUAUGAUCACCAAUUUCACCUUUGGUCCUGGGAUUCAAACACAAAUUCAUGACAUUUGUUCCCGUGCAUGAAUGUUGAACUAGAUGUAGUUCUUUGCAUAUAUGCUUACACAUAUGCUUGCACUCUCAUCCAUCCAAUAGACUUACGAUGUAGCGCCUUUUCCUUUCUGUUACAAAGCGCUGCACUCUCACCACUCCAUUAUUGAUUCAUUUUCAUUAAUUUUAUUUUCAUCUUUCUUGUGCUGUUUUGUUUUUCAUUUAUUUCUCUAGUAUAGCAUUAUUUCAUUCUUUUCACAAUUAUCAAAUCAACAUCAGCUUUGUAAGCCUUUGGAUCUUGAAUAAGUGGUGUUUCGUUAGCUAUUCCUUGAAUUAUUUCGUUAAAGGACAAGUCCACCCAAAAUAAAAGUUUAUUUGGAUAAAAAAGAAAAUGACAAGAAGCAUAACACUGAAAAUUUCAUCAAAAUCGGAUGUAAAAUAAGAAAGUAAUGACAUUUUAAAGUUUCACUUAAUUUCACAAAAACAGGUAUAUGCACAUCCUGGUCUGGAUGCAAAUGAGGGGACUGAUGACGUCACUCACUAUUUCUUAUGUAUUUUAUUAUCUGAAAUAUGAAAUAUUCAAAUUUCUCCUCAUUUCCUAUGAAGUUUUAUACCUCCCUGAACAUGUGGAAAUACUAUUGUUUUAACAAAUUAUUGUUCAGUGAAUUGAAAUGUUGUAUAAUUCAAACAAUAAAAAACAAAAGAAAUGGGGAGUGAGGGGCAUCAUCGACCCUUGCAUUGCAUGUCACUGAAUUGUGAAAAAUAAACUUUCCUAUUUCACAUCCGAUUUUAAUGAAAUUUUCAGUGUUAUGUUUGUUUGAUUUUUCUCCGUUGAUUCAAAUCAACAUUUUUCUGGGAUGGACUUGACCUUUAGUCAUGAUAAUGGUAAUGAUAAUAUUUGACUUAUUAAAAAAGUAAAAUUUUGAGAAAGAAACAUUCUUUAUGAAUGUACUUAAAAUAUAUUUUCUUAU